AUGUCGGGAACUACUAUUGACGAUGUCGUGAAGCGACUUAGCACCGCUGAUAUAGAUACCCGACUCAAGGUGGAAGCCGCGACCACCUUGCGCGACAGCCUAGACGCUUACACCAAUGGCCCUAUCUACGAACCUUUUCUGAAACGUUUAAUGCCCAUCUUCAUAAACAUCUUGCGUGGACCAUGCAUCUUUCAAAGCAAUUCACCGGAGCAGAAACUCCGCAACUGCAUCCUCGAGGUACUACACCGACUGCCAACCAACAUGGCGCCCACCGAGCCGUUCAAGCCUUACGCCGAAGAGAUUGUCGAUCUGCUCAUGCAACUAGUCCGAACCGACAACGAAGACAACGCAUCCCUGUGUGUCAAAAUCACUUCCGACAUUAUGCGUCAUCAGCACCAGGUUUUGCAGGGCAAAGUCCAGCCAUUCCUAAACUUGAUCCAGGAGCUCUUUGAUCAGAUGGAAAAGGUUGUCAUGGAGCAGCUAGACAAUGCAUCUCUCGCCCCGAAUCCACAACCUGGUGCACCGUCAACACCAGGAAGUACGCAAGCCAACUUUCAGUCUCCUCGGCCGGGCUCUCCCGUGGCCUCGGGGAUGCAAUCUUUCAAAGUUCUUUCAGAAUGUCCAAUCAUCGUCGUGUCGAUCUUCCAAGUCUACAGGAACACAGUUGCCCAUAAUGUACCCAGAUUUGUACCCCUUAUUAAGGGCUUCUUAUCUCUUCAGGCAAGCGCCCAGAAGCAAGCGCACGACGACGCUGCUGCUAGAGGCGAUAUACACACUGGCGUGAGCUCAGGCAUUAAAAACCGGGCUGCCUUUGGCGAUUUCAUUACAGCUCAGAUCAAGACCAUGAGCUUCCUGGCCUAUCUCCUCCGCCAAUACGCUUCUCAGUUGAAAGACUUUUUACACCUACUACCCGAUAUCGUCAUUCGGUUACUCAAAGAUUGCCCCCGGGAGAAAUCUGGAACGCGAAAGGAGCUCUUGAUUGCAAUCAGACACAUUAUCAACUACAAUUUCCGAAAGAUCUUUCUUCCCAAAAUCGACGAACUCUUGGACGAGCGUACACUGACGGGAGACGGCUUAACCGUGUACGAGACGAUGAGACCCCUUGCGUAUAGUAUGCUGGCGGAUCUGAUUCACCAUGUGCGCGACUCCUUAACUCCAGAGCAGAUUCGCAAGACGGUGGAGGUAUAUACCCGAAAUCUCCAAGACAACUUUCCCGGAACUUCUUUCCAGACCAUGAGUGCGAAACUUCUUCUGAACAUGGCCGAAUGCAUUGCGAAGCUUCCCAACAAAGUAGACGCAAGACAUUACUUGAUGAUGAUUCUCAACGCAAUUGGAGACAAAUUUGCCGCCAUGAAUCGACAGUAUCCGAAUGCCGUCAAGCUCUCAAAGCUGUACCACCAGCAGGCUGAAGCUGGUGCACCUGAAUCAUAUCUUGCUGAUAAGGAGCACCCGCCGGAUUGGGAUGAAACCGACAUCUUUUCAGCAGUGCCCAUCAAAAUUUCGAAUCCCCGAGAUCGAGGAGCCGACCCUGUCGGAGAUAAUAAAUUUCUCUUCAGAAACCUUAUGAAUGGACUGAAGAACACAUUCUACCAGCUGAGAACGUGUAACACUGGCACGCCGAUUGACCCUGCUAAUGCGCCACCGCAUUGGCAAGAGGUCGCCUACGGUUUCACCGCAGAAGAGGUAAACGUGAUUAUCAAGUUGUUCCGAGAGGGCGCCUAUGUGUUCAGAUACUAUGAGAUUGAGAAGCCGGCUACUGAGAAUCAGUAUGUAUCACCGGUCGAAUACAUGGCAAAUUUCUAUAUGGUCUCCAGUAGUAAGGAAGAAAAAGACCUCUUGGAAACAUUCGCCACCGUCUUUCACUGCAUCGACCCAGCAACCUUCCAUGAAGUCUUCCAGCAGGAGAUCCCGCAUCUCUAUGACAUGAUUUUCGAGCACACAGCUCUGCUCCACAUACCUCAGUUUUUCCUUGCCAGCGAGGCAACAUCUCCUAGUUUUUGCGGCAUGCUCUUGCAGUUUCUCAUGGAAAGAAUUGACGAGGUUGGCUCUGCGGACGUUAAGAAAUCGUCCAUUUUGUUGCGGCUCUUCAAACUCGCCUUUAUGGCGGUGACUUUGUUCGCCACACAAAACGAACAAGUUCUGUUGCCUCACGUGGUCAGCAUUGUCACAAAGUCGAUAGAGCUGUCGACCAAAGCAGAGGAGCCUAUGAACUACUUCCUUCUGCUACGGUCCCUUUUUAGGAGCAUCGGUGGUGGCAAGUUUGAGCAACUCUAUAAGCAGAUAUUGCCCUUGCUGGAGAUGCUGCUGGAUGUUCUCAACAAUCUGCUCAUGGCUGCACGAAAACCGUCCGAGCGAGACCUCUACGUUGAGCUAUGCCUUACCGUCCCGGCGCGGCUCAGUCACCUGCUGCCUCAUUUGAGUUUCCUCAUGCGCCCAUUGGUAGUUGCUCUUCGGGCCGGCACGGACCUUGUUGGGCAGGGCCUCCGAACGUUGGAGCUCUGUGUCGACAAUCUGACGGCAGAUUAUCUCGAUCCCAUCAUGGCACCUGUCAUUGAUGAGCUCAUGACUGCCCUGUUUGAUCAUCUAAAACCACACCCCUACAGCCACUUUCAUGCGCAUACCACCAUGCGCAUCUUGGGAAAACUUGGAGGUAGAAAUCGUAAAUUCAUGACGGGUGCUGUUCCUCUCACAUAUACCAACUAUGCCGACGAUGCCUCAAGCUUUGAAUUGCGACUCAUCGGUUCCAAGAAGGACAGAGCCUUUCCAGCUGAUCUGGGCAUCGAUCUUGCAAUACAAAAGCUGAUGGAGGUUCCUCGGCACAAUAAGGCUAAUGCCCAGAAUCGGCAGUAUGACGAGUACUACAAGAAACAGGCCAUUCAUUUUAUCAAGACUCAGCUGAAGCUGCGUAUCGGGUUCGACCAGCUUCCCGAAGAUUUCCCUCGCAUUGUUAGACUCCAGGCACAAGAUUUCUUGAAUCGCAAGAUGGAUAUCAACUUCGCUCCAUUCGAAGUGUCGAGCCGUGAAAAAUCUAUCCCCAAGAAAGAUGAGCAAGACAAAAUCACCAAGAAACUGCUCAAGGCGGUCAUGUUUUCGCAGUCAAUACCAGAUGUUAAGCAGGAAUCCGGCGCCUUUCUACUUGACGUGUGCCGGCAUUUCGUUCUCAUUGAAGUGGGCAGAUCUUUGAUCGACCUGAAGCGAAACUAUAACCCCUUUGACCCGAAAGCCGGCGAAGGUCCGCUAACUAUUGACACCCGUGUCUUGUCGGAUGCAAUCGUCGAAUCCUUGGCAUCAGAUCACCCAGACGUCCGGGAAGCGGCGCAGCAGGCGAUCCGGGAACUUUACAAAUGCACGGCUCUCAUUCUUGGCUCCGAGAGCAAUGUCGGCCGUCUCCAUCUCUUUAACCACCUAAGCAAUACCUUUUGCCACAGUUGCUACGAGGAAGAGUGGUUCACAAAGACGGGGGGGAGCCUUGGCAUCAACUUUUUGCUCACAGAGCUUGACUUGGGCGAUGCUUGGGUGACGUCUAAGCAGACUGAAUUCAUUCGCGCUCUGAUGUACGUCAUCAAGGAUAUGCCGCUGGACCUCCCGGAAAAGACGAGAUGCCUUGCACAGACAAGUCUGGAAGUAUUGCUCAGGCGUAUCACUAAGAACAUCAAGAAGGAAGAUGCCCUGCCAAUCCAGCAGCAACCUGGUCAACCGCAGGCCAAGCAGCCCCGCCUCGCCCAAAUCUCUAAAAAUUCGCUGGAGCUUAUCGCGAAAGCUGCUGGCUGUGAGGUGUGGCAGCUCGUCGAGCCCUACAAAGAAAGAUUUCUUCAGCCUAUCUACGCUAAACCUCUUCGUGCCCUUCCCUUCCCGAUACAGAUUGGAUACAUCAAUGCCAUGACAUAUCAUAUGGGACUGAAAAAUGACUGGGUUACUUUUGACGAGAAUCUCAAUCGUCUGCUUAUGGAGUCGCUCGCAUUGGCUGACGCAAACGACGAAUCCUUGGCUAACAAACCUGCAGAGUUCAGAACGCAUGAACAUAUCGUCAAUUUGCGAGUUUCUUGUAUCAAGCUUCUCAGCACUGCGAUGACGUUUGAGGAAUUUGCCAACAACCCGACCAAGGGUAAGAUUCUUUCAGUCUUUUUCAAAUGCCUGUAUUCCGAAUCAAAGCCAACGAUCGCGGCGGCAAACGAUGCCUUGAAGUCGGUCUUGGCCGUUGACAGACGUCUGCCCAAGGACUUGCUCCAGAGCGGCCUGCGCCCUGUGCUGCAGAGUCUAUCGGACCCAAAAAGACUUAAUACACAUGGGCUGGAUAACUUGUCAAGGCUCUUGAAGCUUCUGACAAGCUACUUCAAGGUCGAGAUAGGCGCUCGCUUGCUCGAUCAGAUAGAGUCAAUUGUUGAGCCUAAUGCGUGGCAGCAAAUCUCAUUCACAUUUUUUGAGCAACAUCCUCAAAUGAAGGUCAUCACCGCUAUUCUCAACAUCUUCCAUCUUCUACCAGCUCCAGCAGAAGCGUUCAAAGACCGCUUAAUUGACUGCUUCCUCGGGCUUGAAGAGCGGCUUCGACGAACUCAUCAGAGUCCAUUCCGGUUGCCAAUGUUCCUAUACUUGAACCGGUAUCCCAAAGAAAUUUGGGCUUAUCUACUUGGUAAGCUGGAUGAUCUGAAAUAUGGCCGACUUCUAGCCCAAGUUCUCCUACACCCAGACAGCACGCCGUUGAGGGAGACUGCCGUGGAAAAUUUGGAAGGGUUGAUCGCAAAAUGCAACGAGAUUGUUGGGCAGAACAACGAAAAGAAAUACGUUGCCAUUGUCAACACGAUUCACAUUCUCCACUCAAUCGGCCAAUUCCCAGCCUCUAGUGCUUGGAUGGAUAAGAAGGAACACCUCAACUGGCUGAAAGCCAUUGGGAGAGACCUCGAAGCAAACAUUCGAGGCUAUUCGCUUCCAGCCUUUGUGCGACUGCCUGGUUAUCAAGCCGCCGAGCAACUGAUGAAUAUUCUCGUCAAGUCUCUGGAGAGAUCACCGAGAGACUUGGAUGCUCUAUUCAACUUGGUGGAGUCCGUUGCCGCCGAGGAGCUUCGUUCGACUCAGCCUUUAUUCUCCUUCAUCUACGAAAAGAUCAUCUGCAGCGACUCCAUGGAGUUUUGGAAAUCGACGUUCCUUCGCUGCCUUGAAACUUACUCAGGGAAGACUGCGUCGAAUAAAACAAAAUACUUCUUACUCCACUACAUUGUUAAUCCGAUUGUCGCCACAGAUGUCAUGCGGCAUUGGGGCCAGUCAGAACAGAAUAGGGUUCAGAGGCUGAUGGAUCGAUCGAUCAUCGAUGCCGUGAGCACUAAGAUCUGGAAAGUACACCCCGAGAUGACCCCAGAUGAUUUGGCCCAGCCAGGAAUCGACCACAUACGGUUUGAGGUGCUCCAACUGUCGGCAAUGCUUGUCAAAUAUUACCACGCAACACUCCAAGAGGCACGCAAAGACAUUAUCAAAUUUGGGUGGACAUUUAUACGCCUAGACGACAUCAUCAAUAAGCAUGCAGCGUACGUCGUGAUAGGGUAUUUCAUUGCUCACUACGAAACGCCUCCGAAGAUCGUCAGCCAGGUAUACUUGUCGCUACUCAAGACUAAUUCUAAUGAGGGCCGAGCACUGGUGACGCAGGCAUUGGAGCUCAUUGCUCCGGUUCUGCCCAAACGCUGUGGCACGGGCCCUAAUGAUAGGAGCACACCAUGGGCCGUAGCACCGCGUCGCAUCUUGGCUGACGAAGGCCAAAACAUGCAGCAGAUGACAAGCAUCUUCCAUUUCCUUGUGCGGCAUCCUGAACUUUUCUACGACGCUCGCGAUAAGUACGCCGUUCUCAUCAUCACGUCCUUGAGAAAGGUUGCUGCACCGCCAAACCCUUCUCAUGAGAGUAAAAAGCUCGCCCUGAACAUGAUGUGGCUGAUUUGGACCUGGGAACAAUGGCGGAUCGAGGGCAAAACAUCACCUCUUCUGACGACGAGAUCGCUAUCUGAGUCGCCGGUUUCGAGGAAACGAAAGCUGGACAGCGGCGAUCAACCAAUGACAUCCCCCUCGGCAACUAGGCAAACAGCGGAUCGACCAGAGUAUCAAAUCCCACCGCUUUUCCGCCUCAAGAUGGUUAAAUACUUGGUUGAGUUCAUUGCGCAGCUUAACGAAAGGUAUCAACUGCCAUCGGCUAAGCCCCGUGGAUCCCCAGCUGGUGCUCUUCCGCAGGCCGGACCCAAUAUGACGGAGCUUUGCAAGAAAGCCAUGGCGCUUCUCUACAACCUCGUACAACCCCAAUGCUGGGGAGACCUCGACCUCGACUUGUUUCCCAACGUCACUGAUGUUAUCCUUGCUCACGAUAGGACACAGGCGGCUCUUAACGCUGAUCCAACUGAUAAGGAAAAAUACGACGAAAAGUUCCUCACCAACAUCAUCAAUACGCUGCAAGUGGUCCGCAUUCUUCUGAACUUCAAGUCGGACGAGUGGAUACAAAGGAGCAUCGCUCCAAUCCAAAAGGUCUUGGAGAAAUGUCUCAAGUCGGAAAAUCCAGAAGUUCAAGAUUGUCUGCACCUCGCUGACAAGGAGUACGAUGAUGGACGAGAGCUGAAGUCCAUCGUUCGACGAAUUCUCGAUGCGGUGCCUGAAGAUACGCCUAUGGAGGACGCGGAUGCUGAGGGUGAAUCCGAGGUUCAAACAUCUGAAAUUGUUGCCUACCUCUCACAGGUAGCAACAGAGCAGAUGAACAGCAAUCUCUACGUUUCGGGUGUCAACAUCUUGUGGUCACUAGGCAAUCGCAAGCCUGCCAUCAUUGAUCAACAUAUCCCUUCGCUUAUGAAAGCUAUGCAGAGCAAGCAUGCACGAGAGCAUGUACAGCACUACAGCGCCUUGGCGAAUCAGGCAACUGGUGUCCAACGCACUCAAGAAGCCAACGGCACCACUGGGGAGCUCUCUGCGUAUGAGCUUGAGAUGCAAACUAAACUGAUGAUCAAAGAGAUCCAAGUCGUGGCAUUGAGGAUGGAAACUCUAGGCGACAAUCGACGACCUUUCCUAAGCGUUUUGGCGACUCUUGUUGAAAAAUCCAUGCACAUUGAGCUCUGCACGGAAAUUUUGGGCAUGGUAGAAGGUUGGGUUUUUAGAUCUGAAGGUACCUGGCCGACACUUAAAGAAAAAACGGCGGUUCUUCAUAAGAUGUUGUCCUUCGAGCACAGGCAAGAUCCCACAAUGCUUUCUAAGUUUCUGGAGUUGGUGAUUCGCAUCUACGAGGAUCCCAAGAUUACCCGGACGGAGUUGACAGUACGGAUGGAGCACGCUUUUCUCAUUGGCACAAGAGCUGUUGAUGCGGAAAUGCGAAAUCGUUUCAUGGCGAUUUUCGACAAGAGCUUGUCCAAGACAGCUAGCAUCCGCCUCUCAUACGUGUUGACGUCGCAAAAUUGGGAUACUCUUGCGGAUUCUUACUGGCUUGCCCAGGCCAACCACCUUUUGCUGGGAGCCGUGGAAAUGAAUACCAACAUACAGCUCCAUGCUGAUGAUUUCAAAGUCAUCGCCCCAUCUCAGCUGGCUGCAGUCUAUCCCAAAGACAAGGAUACGAGAGAGCCAACCAACAUGGUUGACGAGAAAUUCGAGACACUCAUGGCUAGCCAUCGGCGAUUCAUGGCCGAGCUGGGAGAUGUGAAGGUCCGAGAUAUUAUCGAGCCGUUGACACAACUACAGCAUAUCGACAACCCGCUGGCUCAUCAACUCUGGGUGGUCGUAUUCCCAAUGUAUUGGUCUGCCACUCUGCGAGAUGAAAGGCCAGAGCUCCAGCGCGGCAUGGUCGCGCUUCUCACAAAAGACUACCAUAGCCGUCAAAUAGAGAAGCGUCCCAAUGUUGUUCAGUCCUUGAUAGAGGGAGCCGCAAAGACUUGGCCAGAGUGUCGACUUCCUCCGCAUGUCUUGAAGUUUGAGGCGAAGACGUACGAUGCUUGGUAUACAGCCCUCGUACAGCUCGAGAAUGCAUCGAUUAAACCGGGGCCCGAUUCGGCCACUGUCCGCGAGAGCAAUCUCGAUGCACUGGUGGAUCUCUACGCAUCUCUGCAGGAAGACGAUCUUUUCUACGGGACUUGGCGUCGUCGUUCUCAGUUUGUAGAGACCAACGCUGGUCUUUCAUACGAGCAGAAUGGAAUGUGGGACAAGGCUCAGAAACUGUACGAGACAGCACAGAUCAAAGCCAGAACUGGCGUGAUCCCGUUCUCUCAAGCCGAAUACAUGAUCUGGGAGGACCACUGGGUCCUUUGUGCUCAAAAGCUGCAGCAAUGGGAGAUCCUGCAGGAUUUUGCCAAGCACGAGAAUUUCCAAGACUUACUUCUCGAAUGCGCCUGGCGCAACACGGAAAUGUGGCAGGACGAGCAGCACCGCGAGGCUCUGGACAACAUCAUCAAAGGAGUCAUGGAUGCCCCCACGCCGCGACGAGCCUUCUUCCAGGCGUUCAUGUCUCUACUCAAGUUUCACAACCAGCAAGAGGCGGCAACCGACUUUGCGCGCGUGUGCGACGAAGCUAUACAGUUGUCCAUUAGGAAAUGGCAUCAGCUUCCGGUUCGAUUGACCAACGCCCAUAUCCCUCUGCUCCAGAAUUUCCAACAGUUGGUGGAGCUGCAUGAUGCCAGUGUCAUCUGUCAGAGUUUGGCCAACACUAAUGCAUCUAACCUCGAUGUUAAAUCCGGAGAGCUCAAGCUGCUGCUCGGCGCCUGGCGUGAUCGUCUUCCCAACAUCUGGGAUGACAUCACAGCUUGGCAAGACUUGGUAACUUGGAGGCAACACAUUUUCAACCUCAUCAACCAGACAUACCUCCAGCUGCUUCCACAGCAAGGCCAGCAAAAUGCAGGAGGGGCUUCAUUCGCCUACCGUGGCUUCCACGAGACAGCUUGGAUCAUCAACCGCUUCGCUCAUGUCGCACGCAAGCACAGCCUACCGGAAGAGGCAUUCUUGAAACUUCGGGAGCAAGCCCGAUGCCAUUACGAAAACCCAGAGGAACUGAACAGCGGUUUGGAAGUCAUCAACAAUACAAACUUGAACUAUUUCAAUCCUCAGCAGAAAGCCGAGUUCUACACCUUGAAGGGCAUGUUCCUCGAGAAACUCGAGCUUAAAGAGGAGGCCGACGCAGCUUACGGUACCGCGCUCUAUUUCGACAUUGGAGCGGCCAAGGCUUGGGCAGAGUGGGGAUACUUCAACGACAGAAAGUUCAAGGAGGAUCCUUUGGAUGUAAAUGCAGCCAGACAAGCUCUGACCUCUUACCUCCAAGCCGCAAGCAGCUACAAGAGUGCCAAGUCACGAAAGCUCCUCUCUAGGAUCCUAUGGCUCCUCAGCUUGGACGAUGCUAAGGGCUCUAUUGCUGCUGGAUUCGACGACUUCAAAGGCGAGACUCCAACAUGGUACUGGAUCUCGUUCAUUCCUCAGCUAUUGACGGGCCUGGGCUACAAAGAGGCUCCACGUGUCUACCAGAUCCUUCUUGGAAUCGCAAAGUCAUAUCCCCAGGCUCUUUACUUCCAACUCAGGACAAACAGGGAAGAUAUGAUGGCUAUCAAGAAAACUCAGGAAGCGAAGGAGAAGACAAAACAAGAAGCGCCCAAGGCUGAGGGAGCAGCAUCACGCCCAGGUACCGCCAGUGGUGGCGAUGCAGCUCACAUUAAGACGGAGAAUGGCGAGGCGAAUGGUGGCACGGCAUCAGCAACGCCCGCACCGGCACCGGCAGGCCAAGAGCAAUCUCAGGCUCUCGCUCAAAGUGGUCAAGCGCAGGCCCAGCCAGCAGCUCAAAACCAGAAGAGACCGCCGUGGGAAUUGACUGAGGAAGUCAUGUCAGUGCUCAAGACGGCUUUCCCACUGCUGGCGCUGUCCAUGGAGACUAUGGUUGAUCAGAUUCAAAAGCACUUUAAAUGUCCUCCAGACGAAGAUGCAUACCGCCUCAUUGUCGCACUGCUUAACGAUGCCUUGACGUACGUGAGCAGAACCCCUGCGUCUUUUGCCAAGAGCGUCAAGCUUCCCUCUGCCACGGAGACGAACAUUACGCGGUUUGCCGAGACGAUCUUGCCCAACCAUAUAAAGAAGUCGUUUGAGGCCGAUUUUGUCGAGGUGAAGCCGACCAUGUAUGAGUACAUCCACAAGCUGAGGCGCUGGAGGACCAAAUUUGAAGAGAAGCUGGAUCGUCGGAUCGUGCACACGCCUCUCGAAGCCUUUUCACCCCACCUCAGCGAGUUCCGAUACCAAAAGUUUGAUGAGGUGGAGAUUCCUGGACAAUAUCUUCAGCACAAGGACAAGAACCAGGACUUUAUUCGGAUAGAACGAUUCCUGCCCAAUGUCGAUUUAAUACGCUCAGUUAAUGCCUCGUAUCGCAGACUCAAGAUGCGUGGUCACGAUGGUAGCAUUCACUCAUGGGCUGUGCAGCAUCCGGCCGCUAGACACUGUCGCCGAGAGGAAAAGAUUCUACAGCUCUUUAGGCAUCUCAACCAGACUCUGAGUCGCAAGAAGGAGAGCCGGCGACGAGACUUGCAGUUCACCCUACCGCUGAUGGUUCCCUUGGCACCACACAUAAGAAUCGUGCAAGAAGAUACCUCAUACAUUACGCUGCAUGGAGUCUACGAAGACCACUGUAGGCGUAUGGGUAUGUCGAAGGAUGAGCCGGUUUUGUUUACGCUGGAGAAACUUCGAGGCGUGCUCGAGUCCAAGGGAGGACAGACCAAGCCCGAAUUAACGCCCACGGCGCGACUGGAGGUGUUCAAUGCCAUCCAGGAGAAGUGGGUGCCGCCGACGGUGGCACUAGAGUAUUUCCAACAGGCCUUCCCACAAUUUGCCGAGUUCUGGCUGUUCCGAAGACAAUUCUCAUACCAGCUGUCGGCGUUGACGUUUAUGACUUACAUCUUGUACAUGCAUAACCGAUACCCGGCCAAGAUGAACAUUGCUCGUGGGUCGGGCAACAUCUGGGGCUCUGAGCUCAUGUCGUUUAUGAGCGCUUCCAAGCCGUUCUUCCACAACCCAGAGCCAGUACCCUUCCGGUUGACGCCAAACCUGCAGACUCUCAUGGGCCCUCUGGCCAUGGAGGGAAUAUUCGCUUGCUCAGUUAUGGCCAUUGCACGGUGCUUGACGGAGCCGGAGCAUGAGCUUGAGCAUGCGCUGACCUUGUUUGUGAGGGACGAGAUGAUGUUCUGGCUGAUGAAUAGCCACCGCAGCGGAAUCAGCGAAAACCAGCUACGCGACUCAGUGCAGCUCAACAGCGACUCGAUAGUGAAGCGUGCCAUCAGCCUCGCCCACAACCCGUCGGGCAAUUUGCCUGCAAACCAAACAGUCAUUGACGCUAUCGCCAAGGCUGUAAACCCCAUGAAUUUGGCGCAGUGCGAUGCAUUGUGGAUGCCAUAUCUUUAA